GGUGUUUAUGAAAUAGUUAGUGAGGUUGCAUGUUUACAAGUGUUCUUCACAUUCGUCACUUGAAUGGAGUGGUAAUUUUUAAAUCAAUUCAAUGACAAGUGGAAACCUGGACGAAAUUAUACCAAGGCUGGAGGACAGAGGGAUGAAGCUGUGUGUCCAUGAACGGGAUUUUCUACCUGGCAUAUCGAUAUGGGACAACAUAGUGGAUGCGAUACGCACUAGCAAGAAAACAGUAGUGAUUCUCUCUAAAACCUUUAUACAGAAGCAUUGGUGCAUAUUUGAAUUCAACAUGGCAAGACUGGAAAGCAUUGACAAGCGAGUGUGCGAGAAUGGGUGUUUAGUAAUUGUACUGUACGAGAAUGUUCCCCCGAAAGUAUUGCCUCUCGAAAUUCUUGACUGGAUAGACAAUCAUUCGUACAUUAGGUAUACACAGGACCCGGACGGACAGCAAAUGUUUUGGGACAAUCUGACAAUAGCCAUAAAGCGUUGAUGUCUAUUUCACAACUAACUAUAUAAAUAAUUUAUAGCGCUAUUGGUAGUUUAUUAAUUAUAAAUUAAUACACUUUACACUGUUAAGUGACAAGUACAUUGUGAGUUUAUCAUUUUCUUGCUAGCAUUGUUCAAAUGGAUAAAAAUAACUGCAUUUUGUCUUAUUUCAAUAUUCAAUCAAGUAUUCACACAUUCUGACAUGAGCAGUGUUGAUGAACUAACUACAUGGAUCGUCGAGUCAAACAGCCAUUCAUUUGAUAUGAUCCUUUUAUGCUGCAAUAAUAAAACAGUAACACCAAACAGACACUCAACAAGAGAUACACACGAAUUAACAAACACAGUACACACUUAUACUAGAAAUCUUUUAUCAAUAUAGGGAGUCCUAAGACACGAAUAUUUAAAUAGUUGACUUUCAGUAUAUAAAAUUGAAAUUUGAUAACAAGUAGUUAAAGAUCAGAUCGCUUUCGGCAUUCAACAGUUCAGAUAUUAACAAGAAAUGAUCGAUAUUUCAUCAAAAUUAAGGUGUAAACAAUUACUGCUGAUACGUGUAGAACGUCUAGGAGUGCUCACAUGAUGGUCAUAUGUGUUGUCACUAAAAGCGUCUAUUUUAGACUCCGGCUUCACCUGAUAUUAUUGUCACUCACUUUUGUGUUUGUUGUAUUUGAUGAUGAUGCAUCGGUACCGUUUAGUUUGAUAAAAGU